GCAGUGGUAGUGUUUACACGUGUGGUGGUGUGGUGUCUGAGUGAGUGAGAGAGAGAGAAAGAGAGAGCGAGCGAGCGAGAGCGAGAGAAGAAGAAUAAUUAUAGGAGGGAUAUAUUGAUGUAUAUAAAAAGAGAUAGAGAGAAAGAAGGGACCCCCAAAAUACGCUCUCGUUCGGGAAAUGUGUCGCUGGCGGGCUAUUUAUCACCAGUCUCAUCCAGCAUGAUCAGUGCGUCCUUAGGGAAGUGCCUGAGGGCCUUCGUUAUUAUCAUUGCCUUCGCUUUUAUUCUCGCUUUUAUUUGGACCUUUCGGCCUUCGUCUUCUAGUCAAUCGAGUGCCCGGGUGGACAGGGCCGCACGGGAGGCCCUUCCUUCUGCGUCGCCUUCGCCCCCUCCGUCUUCCUCCUCGAAGUUCCAAGGACAGUUAGUGUUGGUCGAUGCCAAGGGUUUCCAGAUGCCCAAUGAGAAUGACGGUGGGCGGGGGCGGGGUAAGGGUCUCAUGUACCAUUGGGUGACGGCGGAUGGGGAAUGGACGGUGCAAGUGUGGCCCGAUACGGAGUUCAUGGCGCCCUCGAUACUCUUGCGCCACGAGACCGCCCACGAAUCGGUGGUUUUUCCGCCCACGCUUAAUGCUCACUGCUUCUGUUCGGGCGUGGUGCUGGGAGCCCGGGAAAGGUCUGUUGUCGUCAUCAACGUUUGUAACGGACUGACUGGAGCCAUUCAACUAGGAAAUGCUGUAUAUCUAAUUGAACCAGCCUCUAGCGUAAUAAAAAGUAUACAAGAAAGCAAGGCGGAGGAGGAGGAGGACUCGGACUACCCGGUGUUCGAAGACGGCUCCAAGCUCCACGUCUUCACGAGGGCUCUUUGGAACGGGAGUCUUUCCGGGCACGGGGACCACCCAUCUUUAUCCGGGCACACUCGGCUCCACCACCCCCCCACCAGUAGCAACCGUAGUAGUCAGGACACUCAGGACGAUAGAUUUCAGGAUUCCCCUCGGGAACCGAGUGCAGUCCGGCAAUGCGACGCUCAAGGCGACAGCUUCAUCGACAAAUUACAAGCUGAGGCUCCGUGGUCAACAACCCAACACCACCAUCGCUCGAGGAGGUUUUUGUAUUCCCAGCGAUACAGCAUCGAAGUCCUGGUCGUGGUGGACAAUAAGAUGGCACGGUAUCAUGGCAAGCACGUCAAUCAGUAUGUCUUGACGCUGAUGUCUGUGGUGGCCUUGAUUUUCCGAGACCCCAGUAUAGGAAACCGGAUUGACAUCGCCGUCGUGGAGGUCGUAAGACCCGAGAGGCAGUCUUUCACGCCCAAGAGACCUUACGGGAACAGCGCCGAAGUGUCCGGUAUAUCGGCGGAGGAGAUGCUGAAGAUGUUUUGCAAAUGGCAGAAACAGGGGUUGAAGUACAACAUCAACCACCAGAGAAGAUACGACACUGCUUUGCUACUCACCAGAGAAAACAUCUGCCGUAACCCCUACACCAAGAGUUGUGACACCUUAGGACUAGCAGAGCUUGGAACAAUGUGUUCCAAGCACUCGUCUUGUGCCAUUGUCCAGGACAACGGUCUCUCAGCAGUGUUCACCAUCGCCCACGAACUGGGGCAUUUGCUGAAUAUGCCCCAUGACAACGACGACAAGUGCGCCCUCCUCGGGGGUGGUGAAGACAGCAACCAGCGCAUGAAUGUCAUGAGUCGAAUGCUGGACCACAACACUUUACCGUGGGUCUGGUCCAACUGCUCCAGGCAUUACCUGACUGAAUAUUUACAUGGAGGACAUGGCCGCUGUUUGGAGGAUGAACCUUGGACCAACAAGUUAAUCGAGGAAAACACAGAGUUCACUUUGGCUGGAGAAAGGUUCAAUGCCAGUAAACAGUGCCAGUAUGUUUUUGGAAAGUCUUCGAAAAUCUGUCCUUACAUGCCAACCUGCAAGAGAUUGUGGUGCACCACUUCCCUGGACGAGAAAGAAGGCUGUCGAACGCAACACAUGCCUUGGGCUGAUGGAACCCACUGUGAUAAUGGCAUGUGGUGUCUCAGGGGUCAGUGUGUUCAAAAGAAUAAGAAUGUCAUGAGAAAAAUCGACGGGAAGUGGGGCGACUGGGGAGCGUGGAGUACAUGUUCACGUACCUGUGGCGUUGGAGUUUGUCGAUCUGAGCGGCUGUGUAAUAACCCUGCCCCAAAGUAUGGUGGACGCUACUGUACAGGCGAAAGAGUCAAGUAUGAGUCUUGUAAACUAAGGGCCUGCCCCACUGACUCAAUUGACUUCCGUACGCAGCAAUGUCAAGUCUACAAUAACAAGACUUUUGGUCUUCCUGAUAUCCCUGACGAUGUGAAGUGGAUACCCAAAUAUGCUGGAAUUCGCCGAGAGGACAGCUGCAAGCUCUUUUGCCAAGUCUACAACAGCAGCCGGAAAUAUUUUCAGCUAAGAGAGAAGGUUGAAGAUGGAACUCCUUGUGGUCCGGACACAUACGACAUAUGUGUUAAUGGCGUUUGCCACAUUGCUGGUUGUGAUUAUGUUCUUAAUUCUACUGCAAAGGCCGAUAAUUGUGGUGUGUGCAAAGGAGACAACUCGACUUGCCAUGUAACAGAAGGAUCAGUAACAAAUCCUCGUCGUUAUGGGUACUCUGAUAUUACAGUGAUACCAGAAGGAGCUGCCAGAAUAGACAUCACUCAGAGAUCUUACCAUGAUAGACCCAAUGACGACAACUACCUAGCUCUAGUUGAUCUGGAGACAGGUGAAUAUUUGCUGAAUGGACAUUGGAUAGUGACGCCUUUCCCAAAACUUAUUGAGUUUGGAGGUACCAUGCUUGAAUAUACUGGCUCAAAUGCCAUCACGGAGCGUAUCAACUCAACAAAGCCAAUGAAGAAAAAGCUCUUAGUUCAGGUGCUUUCAGUGGGUGACCUCAAUCCUCCAAACAUAAUAUAUAGUUUCACAAAGUCUACGAUGUAUUCCAAUCCCAAUUAUUAUUGGAGACUGGGUGAUUUAAGCAACUGUUCAGAACCAUGUAUUGGAAAGAGACAGAGGACACCUUACUGUGUAAGGGCAGACAGUGGUACCAAAGUUAGAGAUGACUUGUGUCCUUCUGACCAGAAACCUGCUCCUCUGCAAGAGUCUUGUGCCCAUACGUGUCCGGUUCACUGGUCUUAUAGUGAUUGGUCAAAGUGUGAACUUAAUGGUGAGCAGUGCAUGAGGCGGCGUGAAGUAACAGGAUGUGUUUCAAGUCUUGGGAAUAAGGUUGAUGAAGAGCGCUGUGCCAAAGAUCGACAGUAUACCCACGAAGAAUGCCCUCGUGAAGAGUGUCCAUCAUGGAAAUACUUUGAUUGGUCUCCGUGUUCCUGUGAAGCAGAUGAGACUGAAGGAAUCCAACAAAGGCCUUAUGCUUGUCAACUUCGAGAAAGACCUCUCCAAAAAUGGGAGUGUAGAGAACUGGAUAAACCAAGUUUCAUACGCAAUUGCUCCUGUUGGUAUGCUGAACAGUGGAUGCCUGGUUGUGAGCUGGACAGCCAGCAUGGAAGUGGUCCUAGUCUUGGAGAUCACAGAGACCAGGAUAUAACCAGGCUAGAAGAAGCAAUUGAUACGUGGACUGUAGGAGGAGGAGGAGGAGGAGGUGGUGGAGAUAGAGAAACGGAUAUCGACACUCCAAACUGUGGCACUGGCAUGAAAAGACGCCAUGUGUAUUGCGGUUCCCCAGAAAGCAGUCUUCCAAAGAGUAGCUGUGACGCCCACACCAAACCUUCAGAGUUUGCCCCUUGCAGUGUCCCUUGCCCAACCACCACCACAACUACUACAACCACAUCCACAACCACUACUACCCCUAAACCCACCACUACCCCAACAACUACAGCAUCAUCCAUUACCACACACACUACAUCAUCUCCUACACUAACACGUGUCCCGUCAUCUGUUUCUUCUUCACACGUUAAUAGGUCUCCAGUACUCAAGGGUGGAAAGCAGCAUAAGACUACUCUUACCUUGGGAAGUGACUGGAACCAUCCCCAGUAUCCUGAACGUUCAAAGACUCCAUGGACAGCUGGUGUUGAUAGCCAGCGAGAAGCAAAUGAUAUCCCAAACAAUCUUCCUACGAGCCUCGAUGAAAGGGAACGUUUAAGUAGAGAUGAUUUUAUGGACAACAGAGUGAGCACUAGUAGACUCCAGACUGAAGGCUACAGUAUUACAAGAAACCGAAAUUCCCCCAGUCAUUCUCAGCAUCAGAGCAGUGAGGAGGAAUUUAAUAAUGAAGUUCAGCAGUACGAACCUGAUAUUGCCCUUCAUCUCCAUCCAACUAAUUGGCAGACUGGAGGAUGGACUGUGUGUUCUCGUGAUUGUGGGGGAGGUGAAAAAUUUCGUCAAGUGGUUUGUUUGGGGUCAAAGGAACUUUGCCGUUCUGAGGAUAGACCAGUUGACAGAAUGGCUUGCAACACUCACCUUUGUGCAGAAUGGACUACAGGAGAUUGGGGCCAUUGUCGCACACGACGCAGGCGUUGUGGCAGAGGAAAACAGGAACGCCUUGUUGCCUGUCGGGACCCAAAUGGACCACAGCUGGAUGAAGAUUAUUGUCAUGCUGCUGACAAGCCAACACAUAGCCGUACAUGCAAAGUUCCUUGCAGCAACAGUAAAAGACGUGGACGCCGUCAACGUUAUAAGUGGAAAACAGGAGACUGGUCUCCGUGUUCGGAGCCAUGUGACCGAGGAACAGCGUAUCGUAACAUCACCUGCAUUGAUACGGGAAUGAACAUAGGUCAUUAUGAGGGCACAAUGGUGUCAUCUGAGUAUUGCCUUCGCCAAGGGCUUAGUAAGCCUAGAGGCAGGAGAGGAUGCAAUAAGCACCCCUGUCAGUUUCGAUGGGCUACCAGCGAGUGGUCCGAGUGCUCUAGCGUAUGUGGGCCUGGAGUGGAGGCUCGAGAUGUCACCUGUCAUGCUGUCAAUUCCCACAACUGGGUUGAUCCAGAACCGGUGAGCAGAGGAUGCCGAGAAAGCAAGAAACCACGAGACACACGAAAGUGUAGCCUUGGGGAUUGUUCCUCAGGAUACUACUGGAAGGUCAAGCCAUGGAAAAAGUGUCAAGGAUCUUGUGGUGAGAAAGGACGACAGAGAAGAAGUGUUAAUUGUGUUGACUCCAGUGGACGAAAAGCCCGUCGCUCAUUGUGCUCAAAAGAAGUUAGACCACGCAGAAAACAAAAAUGCCGAAAUCAUCAGUGUGGAUAUACCUCCUGUGAGGAGCUUCGCCAACCUCAUCGAAUGUAUGUUGAUGGCGAGUACUCAAUCUUAGUAGGAGGCCGUAACAUGAGUAUCUUUUGUUAUGGCAUGAAUUCUACAUCCCCAAGGGAGUAUUUAACUCUUCCAGCUGGAGAAGAAGGCAACUUUGCAGAAUUCUACAAUAAAAUCUUAUUACAGCCCAGCACAUGCCCUCAUGGAGGAGACAGACUACCAGAGUGUGAUUGUGAACUGGAUCAGAGUGGAAGAUCAGGGUAUACGACAUUCAGCAAAAUAAGAUUAAAUGUUACAACCUUACUAGUAGAUACAAUUGAUUUCACUUUUGCAAGAGCAUUGGAAGGCGCUCUUAUUGCAUAUGGUGAGGCUGGUGACUGUUUUAGUACAGCAGAGUGCCCACAAGGUGCAUUUUCCAUCAAUCUUGCCGGAACUCCAUUAGCUGUAUCACCUAGAACAGAUUGGUUAAGAAAAGGCAGUAAUGCAGUGCACUGGAUUAAUAGACUGGAUGACAACCAAAGGAUCUUGGGUCGUUGCGGUGGUUAUUGUGGAACAUGUGCUCCUGACCCUUCAUCUGGGCUUAAGCUACAUCUACGAGAUGGCUGAAAGGAAGUGUAGAAAGAACCAAAUGAUAAGCUUACCUUUAAGGAGUGUAGCUGAAAGCCGUGAUUCUGAAGUGAUUCCCCUUCUGGAUUUUAUGAAAAUCUCCAGAACACACUUCAGUAUGGAAAAAAAAAGAGAUAUCUGCUGGUACAAAGGUGGACAUACCAGUCAUUAGUAGUGGAGACCCACCCAAAAAAUAUUAAUAGAUGAUGGACCUGCCCCUUUAAUUCCUUAGUUUCGUAACUUUCUCUUUAAUCAUGGAGUGUCACUACCUCGUGUCUGCCCAUCAUCACCACCUCUAUUGCAUUUCCUGCAGACAUCAGUACUCUCUUUAAGGGUGGUGUGGUAACAGGAACAAAAGUGGAUUUUUUUUUAUUACAUAUCCCUGACACCUAGCCCUUGUUGUAGGUGAGCAGUAUCAGAUAGUAUCUACCUAAAUGUAACUUACAUAACAUGAAAUUUUGUAGUUACUACGCCAGCUAAAUUUGCUAGAUUUGUUUCUUUUUCUAUGGAAGACUGAGCUUGGGGACCAAAAAUAUGCUAUGUCUAUAAGCAGUCAGGUGAUGACUUGCAUCAAACGAAUUUUGAGACCUCACAGUGAAAUCUGUAAGGGUUAAUAUCAGUAAGCUUCUAGUCAGAUCCAAUCAAAUAAUCCUGACCUUCGAUUCCUCUUUUUGGUACAUGGCAUAAGUAUCUUAUACAUAGCUAUGAUUAUUACUACUUUUGUCUGUUUUGUUUUGAGCAGCGCCUGUUUCUGACAUAAUGCUUACCAGUAAGUUGUUUUUUAUUUCUCUCCUGUUGGGUGCUGUUGCAUUAUAUUCUUAUUUAUCUCUACCAUAUAUUUGGUAAGCCCUAUUUUUUAAUUGAAUAAUCUAAUUUCACAGAUAAAUCAACUUCUGAUUCCUUUAUUUCCUCAAGUUUAGUUAUCAUGCUUGCACCUUGGCAAUUUCAUCCAUGAACUUAAGCCUAAAUGUUGUGUUGAGAUCUUAUGGGUGUGGUUAUUUGGAAAUUUGUUUGUCUUCAAAAGCCAUCUGCAAUGUUAUUUUCACAUUUUUUGCAGGUGUGGUUUGGGGACAGCAGCUAUCAAAAUUGGCACACCUUGAUAGUGUGAGGACUAUAUUGUGGCCUUAAGUGAUUCAAGUCACCAAGUAACUUCUCCCUUUCUUUUGUUGUUCAUCCAUUAAUUGCUGUUUUCUCUUUUAUCUAGAAAUUUUACUUUCUUUGAGCUCUUUCCACCCCUCCAACUUUCAUUGUUACAAUUUUGUGUAUAUUUUCUCUUGCCGGCCAUUGUACGAUAGCUGAACUUUUGUACUGUUUUGAUUGGGCAGCCUAGAUGUGAAGUUUACCACAAUCCUUCCACCACUCUAUUCCUCAACAAAGCCUUACUUAGAAGAGGAUCAUGGCCAAAGGCUCCUGUCAGGUCAUGACAGUUAUCCUACGUCACUUUCCAUUUAAAGACCUCAAGUCCAUUUUUAUCCCUAGGCAAUGAAGCAUCACUCUUUUAGACUGUAACCUCUCCAGUGAAGUGUCCUCUACUGCUGUUUGUCCAGAUGAUAUUAACUCCAAGAUUUAUCUGGGAACCUCAUUCAAUAAUAACUUCUGAUUUAGUAAUGUACAAGCGUUAAAGAAUAGGAUAGACAAACUUAUCUGCUUAUUACUUGACAAGGAAAUAAACAGUGACAUCCCACUGUGGAGGAGCCUAGCCUUGUUUAAGGUGAUAUGCAAUCUGUAUAGUGCUGGAAUUGAAGAUGAUAAUGGCUACAAAUUUAAGUGGCUGGAUAUGGCUCAGGGUUCAAAGUGUGUCUGCUCUUGACUGACAAGAUUGCAGAUUAAAAUAUUGGACAGGACUGCUUUCCCAGUCACUCCCUGAUAAUUCCAAGGUUUCCUGACACUUACCUUUGCAGCAUCUUGCUCAACAAAAUUGUUCACAAUCUUUCAUAUAACUUUCUAAGAUUGUUGUUCGUCGUAUCUCACCAAUGAUAUUUCCUCAAUCUUGGAAUAUUUAGUUUAAAAGAGAAUAUGAGUGAUUUGAAGCAUUUAUCUCCAUCCUAGAACCAACAUAUUUAUUAUAUUCAUGUCAGAUGAAGUCAUUAUGGUCUUUCUUUUGGUCUUUAUUGGUUAACCCACCAUCUAGAUGGUCCCCGUGCUGUUGCUAGUACUACAUAUUUGUAUGCUAUUACUUCCAUUUUGUGCAUCCUUGUACUUUUAGCUCAUGUUUGGAUAAGGUAUCUAGGUAGUUUCCCUUUACCUGUUGACCUGCUUUCAGGGUCUUUAUUCAUUCUUAUAUGAGAUUGAUUUAGAGAGUUGGUAAAUCUUAAAAAACUUACUGUACAAUGAAUGAGUACCUAUCUGCCUUAUAACAAAAGCCAUGGUGAGCUUAUGUUGCUCUAGGUUUAUUUAUUCCUUGUUUUCAUAACUCAUACUCUUUUUUUAGGCUUUUUAUGAUUAUGUAAGAAGUACUUCUUCUAUUCCGGCAGUUUCUUCACAUCAGUUAUUACCGUGACGUUUUCAUUAUGGAAGCUUUUAAUCUAUUGCUAAUAAGUCAUUACAUAUUGCAUUCUCAUUCUUUUUUUGAUAUUUUGUUGUUUUUCAUAAAAUACUUUUAUUUCUUAAACACUUCAUUUCUUGACUCAAUACGUACAUAAUAAUCAUAAGCAUCAUCUUUACUCAUCAUCCUAGUCUUGUAUUAAUUCUGUAUUCACUGCCAUGUGAUAGUUUUUCUGCUAGUUUAGUUAAUUAUCCAGUAUUAUUCUUUGAGAGGUGAAAUGUGCUUGUGCAUCUCUUUAGGGCUUGUCAGAUUUGAUAAAGUAUGUUACCCAGUUAUUGGAUGUCAAGAUCAUGAGCUCAGAAUUAUUAUCAUAACUAGUGGUACUGUUCUUGGCUACUUAUUUCAGAAAGUUAGUUUUCUCCCACUGUAUUAAUAAAAUUUAUUUUUAAGAGGCAGGUCUGUCAUCAACUAAAGAAACAGGUCCUUUGAAAAAUCUCCAAAAUGCUGAGCAAAAAAUAAUGUGAAUCUGUCCUUGUCUCAGGUUAGUAAGAUAUGAAAAAAAAAGAACAGAAUGAAAUGUCUAUUUGACUAAUCUUACCUAAUGUGUACUACAGUAUCUAAAUUACAUACAGUGUUCUUAAUGAAGAAUACUAAUCAUUAUUUACAGUAUAUUUUCUCCUUGCCAAAAGACAAUUAUACAUCAGGAUCCUGAAAGUUCACCUGGAUACUUAGCCAGAAACACAAUAAGAAAAGAAACCAAAUACUUCAACACUGCCAUAAUAUUUUACUUAAGCUACAGUAAAAUGUGUACAGGAAAAGGAAAAUACGAAGUGCCAUACUGAAGCUCUCUAAUAUAACAUUUAAGUUUUGUGCUAUAUUGACACCAUUGUGCCUCAGUAAUUUCAGGUGUGCAUUGCAUUUAGAAUAACUGGAUGGCACAAGGACCCACAGCCCACCGAAAAAAGUGUAUUGAUGAUCUCAAUCAUAGAAUUUAAGCAAUGGGAUUAAAAAUAUGUGUUUUCAUCCUAUUGCCUAUCAUUGUUUAUUGUCCAGAUUCCACCAUUCUGUGCUAUGCAUACAAGAUACAUUAUGAAGAAUUUUGGAUGGAUUCAGGCAUAAGUAGUGUUCAUAGGUAGUGCUACUUGUGUUAUUUAUUAGUGAUAUUCCAAGACUGUCAUUUUUUCUUACAGCAAAUUUAUUAAUGGUGCAAGUGUAUGUGAUGUUGCUCCAAAUAUCAUUGCAGACUUUCACUUUUUAUUUUAAUUCUAUAACCAUGUAAAUGCAUAUUGGACCAGAAUCUCACUUACAUAAAGCCACUAAAGGCUGUUCAAUAUUAACUUUGUAUUGUUGCCAUCUCCAACUGCAUAUACUGUAUCAAUGUGCUUUUUCCCUUAAAUAUGUCAGAACAUUUAUUGCCUAUUUUCUUGAUGCGGGUAUCAUCAGUAGAAGGUGUAGGUGAUCAAUAUACACAAGUUAAAUCAUAUGUAGUAUUUGUAAGCAUAAUGAACUGCAUCAGUUCAACUUUUCUUAUUACUGUAUCAUUAUGUCUGUUAAAGAAUUAUGUGAAAAUUUUUUUUAUAGAGAUGGUUUGAUGAAGGAUUACAAAUAGUGUUUAUAUGACAUGAAAUGUUUUUUUAAAAGACAAGGAUUUUCAGAAAAAUUAAAUAUGCAAUGUUACUCUAAAAAUGUUAAUUGAAUCUAGAAAAUUUUUUCUCAUAUAACCAUUAUUUGUCAUUGUGUAUAAACAUUGAAUACUCUAAAAUUAUAUAUUCUACUUUCCCUUACUCAGUGAUUCCACAAGUUCUAGGUUAUGCAUAAUGACUGUGAAAACAAAGUUUAAUGCCCCCCGUGAAUAGUUAGAACCCGCGAAUAGUUGGAACCCCUAUAAAAGUGCUUAAAACCUCCUAUUUUGUUAGUUAUAAUUCAAGAAAAACCCACUAAAAAUUUUUAUAAAUGGUUUCUUAAUAGUUUUAUCAAAAUAAAGUGCAUUUUAUGAUGAAAUUGAUGAAAUAAACAAGAAUUUGUGGAUAUUUUUCAUAAAAAAUACUGCGCAUAGACUAAUUUUCCGCGAAUAAUGUGGGGAAUUGUUCCUGAGAGAAAUACGCGAAUGCGUGAGUCAGCAAAUCCAGAGAACACGAAUACGGGGGUCCACUGUACAUUAUUUUGAGUUUUUGUAUGCAAAUAUUUCCACUAAUUGAUGAUUAAUUGGUGAAAAAUACAUUAAUAAUCAUAUAAAGGACAGUAAUCUAUCAAAACUUUGAUUGACUUAAUGCCAAACCAAAAAUAUCACUCAGCAUCUCCUUAAAUGAUGUGAAGCGGGAAUCAGACACUACGUUGAAUCUUGAACGGACUAUCAGUUUGGAAAAUAUGUGCUUGGUGUUGUACAUAGCUGUGAAUCUGAGAAAAAAAUCUGUGCCUCAAGAUUUUUACCUAGAUUGUGUGAAUUUGUUUGUGCACAUAAAUAAGUAGUUUCAUGGUAAUAAUUCUUUAUAUCGCGGUAUACUGUACAUAUCAUAUUACCCACCGUUGAAGAAUAUAAUUUCUUUGUGAAUAUUAUAGGCUGCACCAGUGCAGUCUUUAACUGAGGUACUAUAGUUUUAUGAGAUCUUUCUCAGGAUGUCCAGUCUGAUGAUACCUUUCUUGAUUUAUGGUGAUGUUCAGUAUCCAUGUUUGCUUAUAUGUAAUUAUAACAUGUAUCAACUAUCUUCACUCUGAUAUUCAUUUGGCAAGAUUAUCUUCUCCUUUCAUCCAUCCACUUUUACUAGUCUGUAUGCAGUGUUAAUAUCAACAGCUCUCAUUGUCCAAGUAGCAUGAUACACCUGCAAUGGUGUUAAUCUUUGAAUACUUAUGAUGGGAAAAAAGCUAGUUAAGAUUAUCACUUUUUACCGUUUCUAAUUGUUUCACUGCCAUUUUUAUGCAUAUAGUGUAAGUAGUAUGUACUAAGUUGAAACCACACACAAUUUCACUUGUGUUUGCUGUGUAAAGUUCACUGCCUUCAAGUUUGUAAAGUUGUACCUAGAAAAAUAUUUCUCAGUAGAAUCUUACAUCAAUAAUUUAGCUAUAUUUUGUAUAAUAUUUAUACAUAACUGUAAAUACAUGUUAUCUUCAAAAUAUAAGAAAGAAAUAUCAAAGAGGUAAGAGGAAUGUGUGUCAGUUGAUACUGGUUCUGUUUUGUGCUCUUUAUUGUGUACAAAGUCAUAUUACUGUUGCAUCAAUUUUUUUUACAUAUGUCCCUUAUUAUUAAUAAAACAAUGGCCUGAUUAGCAUAAGCAGUGAUAUUACCAUACUUGUCAUUUAAAAUGUAGGAACAGUAGGUAAAAAAAGAGCAAAACUGGAAAACUGAGUUUAGGGGAAAAGUAAUAAAAGUAAGAAAAUGCCUUUAAAACCAUAGAAAUUUUUAAAACUUGGGUGUGUUUGUAAGCUGAUAUGCCUACUACUUUGAUGCCUGUGUUAUCAGAAAAUCAUGAAUGAAAACAAUUAUAUAGGGGAGAAAAAUUUAUAUAAUUUGUAGUGCCACCUAGAACACCAACACAUCAGCUAUAUCUCAUAGUAUUAUUAUUUGAAUUUCAUCUUACCUCUUCUCAUCAGCAUCUCCACUUUUUUUAUACUUAUUCUGUAUUUCACCAGUAUCAUACUUUAUUACAAGGAUAUUAGUCCAGAUAACUUAUUUAUUGAUCUACUCAGCAAUGUCCUUUUCAAGCUUUUCAUUAAAUGUUCUAAAAAUCUUCCAUGUGGACUUUGUUGCUUGACCAGUUUUGUUAAUUUUUCAUUGCAUAUUGAUUUUAGGUUUAAUUUCCAUAUAGGUACAUGUACCUAUUUGCAUCAUGUUAUUCAUUUUCAUAUGAAAAUAUUUUUCUCACAGGUAUUUUCCUUUCAGCUUGUGUUAUUUAAUAUGAGAGCACUUUUACACUAAUAUUAUACAGGGAAUUUAAUUUUAUACAUUGAAUAUUCUCCAUUUAUGAUUGAGAUUUGAUGCAUUUGAAGCAAAUAACUAAAUUUGUAAAGUAUAAUGAUCAUUUUAUCAUUUUUUAUUAGUAAUAGUUUAUCCAUUAUAACCUUAUGUUUUAUUCUACCAUUCCAGUCUAGAUCUUCUCUCUCUUAUUUUAUAGAAAAGCUAGUGUUUAGUUGUUAUAAAGUUGUAUAUAUAUAUAUAUAUAUAAUAUUUUGUAAAUACUGUAUUUGUAUAUAUUAAUGUUAGCAUUAUAGUAAGGCCUUGAUAACUUGGAAUAUAUGGGAUUGAAUCCUUUCCAAGAUAGGUUAUCCACAUCAUCUCAGGUUUUUUAAAAAGAUUAAUCAACUUUAAAUGUGUUCUGAAACAGCCAUAUGUUUGUCAAAGCCCUAAACUAAAACAUAUUAAACAGUUAGUAAUCAUCAGUUGUAAGACAAAUGUAUGCCAUCAAAACCAUUGCUUGAUGCAAUAAACAGACAAAAAAUAAUGAAAUUCACAAGUAACCUAUGCACGGACAUGUAAUACACUUGUAGCCUACAUUCACUGUUUGUCUAUGUAUUAUACAUGUUUAUUAUGAAUCUCACAAACAAUUCCUCAAUAAACAUCAGUACACCAACGCUAUACAUUCAUAAAAAGAUCAAUGCAGUACAUGUUUUAUCAAAAUUUGUACAGUAUGUCCUGUAAAAUGUGAUCAUGUUUGGGUGUGCACAGCAUUACAACUGGUCCUAAUCAUCACUGAUCUCCUCAAGUGUGUCACCUAUUUUAGAAACAUUGGCUACAAUAUUCUCUUCAUACUUUUAACAAGAGCCUCUUUCAUUGCUAGUUAGAUAACAUUAUUCUCUUCGUUACCUCCUCCUCACCACCACAGUUCAGGAGGUGCACAAAGUUGACAGGACAAAAGCUAGUAUUAUCAAUGAGCCUAUUCUAAGCUUUUGUGAGUGUUAUGACCCUUGGGCAUUGCCACACUUUCCUUCAGUUAUAAUCAGCCUUAAUUGGUGGUGUUUACCAUAAAGUUCUCUAGUGUGCACGCAACCCUUUUAUUCUCAAUUUCCUCCUCUACAUCAUCAUUGACUAUUACUGUCAUCACCACUAAGUAUUUCACUUGAUAUUUAAACCAAUAGACUCAUUUGCAGGCCUCUAUCACACCUUGGUCCUUAGGUUGGAUUAAGGAAGUUGAAUGGGCAGGCAGAACUACAGCCUUGUCACCCUUGUGGCCAACUAGUAGUUUAUUUCCAGAGGGUUGGUGGAAACAGUCUUUCAGAAGAGUAUCUUUUGCAGGCUCUGUUUUGGCUAGUCCCCCUGGUGUUUUUUUUUUCUUUUUACACUGAAAACCAAAUUAUAUGUAUCACAAGAUAAUAGCAAAAUAUAUUUGAUGAGGAACAUGAUUUGUAUGCCCUCCCUAUCACUACAAGAUACAGAUGACAUAAGACUUUCAUCACCACAAACCAUGCCCAAGAAGCAGUCCUUACCCAUCCCCUAUCUAGCCUGCCAAUUUCAUGUGUAUGAGCCCAGAUGUUCAGAGCUGGUGCAUUUUUUAUUCAUUAUCUGUGACUUCCUCCAGUAUACCUUUCAUCAUGUCCAUGCUUUUUCUGAUGGUUCAGCCUUGGCCAUAGAAACUCUGAAUCCUCUGUGAUGCAUGUUAGCCACUUUUGGAAAGGUACUAAUGAUGCCUUAUUAUUAUAAUUAAAACACUCCUAUUCAUUAGGCUGUUAUAAGUUUUGAAGUUUAAGAAUGUUUCUCUGUUUUUGUCUGAGUUACUUUUCACCAUCAGUAUCUUUCACAAUAUUUCAAAAAUUUUCAGUAUGAAAAAUAGUGCCAACCCUCUUGUGAAAUCCCUUGUACACGAGUUCAUGAAGAAACAGUACCAUCAUCAAUAUGCUUCAGCUUUUUCACUGUGAUGGGAAUGCUCAAGGACCUCAAUUUCAUGCCAUUACUGUUAGGCCUUUGUAUAGUAUAUGCCACCAUGCAAUAGCUGUUAUUCAGUAAAACACAAGCACUAAAAAGUAAUAUAAUAUAUUAGUCGAUUUCUUACUUGAUUUGCUUAAGAAACUAAAGUGCUAAAUGUAGAUCAGUAAGUUUUGUAAAAUAAUAAGAAAUGACUGUGUGGCAGUUCAUUUCAGCCUGCCUCAGUUCAGUAUGUGUGUGGUUUUAUCUGUGAAACCCUACAAGUAAUUAUGAAAGUGGCCAGUAGAACACAAGAAUCUAGUGGCAAAGCAGUCAUAAAGCAAGAAUCCAGUGGCAACUAAAUAAAGCUGAAAAUGGUACAGAAUUAUGGAGGUCAAAGGUAACUUUCCAAAGCUUUUAAGUAGUAUAACUUUUAGUUGUCUUUUGUGAAAAUUAUUGUGAAAGACCUGCCCAUAUAAGUCAACACAGAAAAGGAAGUGCAACAACAAUAACCCUGAAAUGUGGAGGGGAAAUAAGUGAGGAAAGGAGUCCUUACUCAUUUGUAUGGAAGAGGAGAUGCAACACCUAUUAAGUAUGCUAACAAUUUUGAUAUAAAAGUAAAGUUUCCAGGCAGCGUGCAAACAUUCAAGGCAAGCUGGAGUUGGUUUCUUUUAAGAAUUUUGUGGGGUUGCACAAUAUAAAAAUAACCUGCCCAUCUAAAAGUAAUUUGCUGUAAGUUUUUAUUGCUCAGCAAGGUAUUCUUCCCAUUUUGGUGACAUCAAUCAAAAGUUAAAAUGGUCUGCCUCCCCCGCCAAGAAUGUAGUCAUGCAAGAAUACUAAGUUAAUUAAUGUUAAGUUAUUAUUUCACAUUACGUAUUACAAUACAGUUUUAUUAUGAUCAGUGGUACACAUAUUAGUGUAUUCUUGCAGUACUGUACUUAUUAUGUAUUACUUCUACAAUUAAAAUUUUAUGUACUAUAGUAUACAGUAACACAGAAUAGCUAAAGCAUUAGAUAUUGCAAUAGGCAGUAAUGAUCGUUUAAUACAGUAGCUUGCUUUUUAUUGCAUGUGCUACUCAUAUGCAGUAACAUUUGCUGUAUAUAAUAAUGUACAUAAAUUUGAAUUACAUUGUGGUGUAGAAACUUCAAUUAAUUCAAGUAAGAUUGAGUUUUCACACAAGGAAAUUGUGGCACCCACACUUACAGUGUCCAGCUUUAAAGUGAGGCACAAGUCCUGUAUCCUGUAGCAUGCUAUCUGUAUCUGGAAGAUAACUGACCUACCCCAAACACUUUCUUAACUUCUACCACUGAAAAUUUUUCCUGUCUCAUAUUGUUUUGUGAUAAUCAGAAAUAGAUGUGUUAAAAAGUAAUUUUAUAUUUUUGCUAGUUAUAUGAACUUGCCUUUAAUACACUUAAACCCACCUCAACUGCCCUACAGCUGAAGGAAUAGUGGCUAGUCAGUUUACUAGCUUGUUACUAAGUUCAGUGACCAAUUCUAGCUGGCACUAAAGGAUAGUCCAAUUUAAAAGACUGGUUAGUAUACCUAGGGAAAAUACAAAUUACAUUUAAGAUUUGUUAUAUGUCUGAGAUAACAAGACCUUACUCUAUAAUGUCAAUGUUCAUCUAGUCAAACUCAAUAUGUUUUUGUAGUUAGCUAGGAAUCUUUUUUUAUAUUUUUGUUAGUUCUGUAGCAAUAAUUUCCAAGAAUACUGAUACUGUAUUGGUUUAAAUUCUUUGACUAUGAUAACUCCUGUUACAAGUGUGUCUGUGUCAUGUCUUGUGUUCACAGAAAAGAAAAUUGUAAUAAAGUAUAGUAUGAUACAUGCAUAUUUAAUAGCAAUCACUAUAUUGAUCAGUAAUACGUUUUAUGAAAUAAUCAUUAUUCUUGGAAUCAGAUUCGAUCAGUGAGCUUGCUGCCAGUCAUGAGACAUCAUGAACUUUAUGAAUAAAACUGUAAAAGUAUUGUAUAAAGCUCAUUUGCUUCUUUUUAUUUUAUUACUAAAGAUGUCUAAUUUCCCAUGUUAUGUCAAUACUGAUUCUUUGUAUAUAGAUACCACCACACAUGUAUAGAUUUGUGUAUGGUUGUAAGACGGUGUACGUAAUUUAUUAAUAAAAUAAUGUUUAAAUGAUUA